CGCAAUCGAACGCGUGCAUGUGUACCAAACUUAUCUAUGUAAUCAACGGCUAAGAUAAUUCUAAGUCUAUGAUAUCGCUUUUCUGUAGGAAAAUCUGCAAAUGUCUGGAAAUCCAGAGCGAAGAUGUGAAUUCAGUCAUGACUAUGUCAUUGUAGAAGAAAUUUGUAAAACAAUUCUUAAUCAAACCAAACAUCGACCUACCAUUGGUAUAAUAUGUGGCACUGGUUUGUCAUCAUUGGGAGACAUUGUCAAGGAUAAGGAUGCCAUUCCUUAUGAGAAGAUCAAACACUUUCCAAAGAGCACAGUUAAAGGACAUGUUGGGCAGUUUGUGUUAGGCCUCCUUAAUGGUAAAACUGUGGUCAUGAUGCAGGGUCGCACACACUUAUAUGAAGGAUACACAGUUGGCGAGAUCACUCUUCCAGUUCGUGUGAUGAUCCACUUGGGUAUCAAAACUUUGAUUGUCACUAAUGCUGCUGGAGGACUUAACAGAAGUUACAAUGUUGGUGACAUUAUGGUUAUCAAGGACCAUAUUAAUCUUGCUGGACUUACUGGGGAAAGCCCAUUGAGAGGUGUUAAUAAUGACCGUUUUGGUCCAAGAUUUCCAGCCCUCUCUGAUGCAUAUGACCGAUCCCUUGUUAAAACUGCUAUCGAUACAGGCGCUCACUUGGGCUAUUCAACAUUCAUGCAGGAAGGAGUUUACUGUGCACAAGUUGGGCCAGCUUUUGAGACCCCUGCAGAAUGUAGAUUCUUAAGCAUGGUUGGGGCAGAUGCUGUUGGAAUGAGCACAGUGCACGAAGUGGUGGUGGCAAGGCAUGCUGGGAUAAAAGUUUUAGGCAUCUCUUUAAUAACAAAUGUUGCUGUCAUGGGUUAUGAUGACAAUGUCAGUGCUGCCAACCAUCAAGAAGUGCUAGAAACUGGAAAGAAAAGAUCUGCUAACAUGCAGAAUCUGGUCUCCACCAUUGUUGGUAAAAUUUAAUUUGUCUGAUGGUUUGAAAUAUGGUGGCGCAAGCAAACAAGAAUGUAAUUUUUAUGAUGUAAUAAGACAAUUCCUUGCACCCCUAUGGAUACAGCCUAAUUAUAAAGUAAAUAUUUGAUCAAGUCAUCCUCAUAAAGAGUUUGUUUCCUAUUGCCCCAUAACUUUCUAACAGCUCUUUUAUGAAACUAUACAAUACGCAAAGUUAACUUUUAUUUUAGAUGAUAACAGGGAAAAAUUAAU